AUGGCCUCGACCUUGUUCAGGCAUGCCUUGUUCUUCAUUGUAGCCAUCUUCUCAAGAUCCUGGAUCGCCCGAGCCAGCGACCCGAACAUCCUCUCGGACUUUUUAGCCCCGGAAAGCUCGAACACCCCCAUUGAUGCAAACUUCUUCACCUUCACAGCGAUGCGCAGCAUCUUUGCCACCAACCAAAACCCAGCAAACUUCACCGUAACAAAGGCCAGCAUGAAGGAGUUCCCGGCUCUUGAUGGGCAGAGCGUGUCGAUGGCGGUGCUGCAGUUCCCUGCAGACGGUGUCAACCCGCCACACACACACCCUCGCGCUGCUGAGCUUCUCUUCGUCGUGGAAGGCAGCCUCGAGGUUGGUUUUGUCGACACCACGAGCAAGCUGUACAGCCAGCAGACUCUCCAAACUGGGGACAUGUUUCUGUUCCCCAAAGGGCUGGUGCACUUCCAAUACAAUCCCAGCGCUGAGGCUCAGGCCACGGCCGUCUCUGCCUUUGGCAGUGCCAAUGCCGGAACUGCCUCUCUUCCGGCCAAUUUGUUCACCGCCGGCAUUGCUGAUGCCAUUCUUGCCAAGGCUUUUAAGACCGAUGUUGCCACCAUUCAGAAGAUCAAGGCAGGGCUUGGUGCCAAAGCCUAA